AAGGUGCUCUGUAUUUCAUAAUUGUAAUUAGUGGGGUUCUACUCAGUGUAGAAUCCUAUGCAGGAGGCAGCACCUGGCACUAUAUAAGGCACUGAGCUCAAGUCUCUCUGCAUCUCUGUACCUCACCAGGCUUCAGUCAUGAGGAUCCAUUACCUCCUCUUCUCAUUUCUCCUGGUGCUGCUGUCGCCUCUUUCAGCCUUUACUCAAAGUAUCAACAAUCCAAUCACAUGCCUGACCAAAGGAGGCGUAUGCUGGGGUCCAUGCACUGGCGGUUUUCGACAGAUUGGCACUUGUGGACUGCCUAGAGUGAGAUGCUGCAAGAAAAAGUAGAUAAAAAGACCAAGAACCAAUGAGAUGAACAGAAUUUGCUCCUCCAUGAAAAUGCACAAAACAAACCAAAUUAAAGUACUUUGAUAAUUUU